AUGUGUGACCUCCCGGCUGCCAUCCCUUUUCGAUAUGAGAUUAAAAUCGGUCAAUACGUCCUAAAAGUCAGGCAGAGGAGGGAGGCGAAGGUCCGCGCCCCAGAACCGCUGUCUGUGCCUCCUUCCCCGCUGCGUCACCCAGGGCAAGGCCCGCCCCUGCGGGGGAGGGCGAAGGCUCCGGGCCGGGGCGGCCCCGCUCCCUUCUCGGCCGCUUUCACUUUCGUUUCCGUUUCCGUCGCUUCGCCGGGCGGGGCUUCCCCCAUGGCGCUGGCGACCCAGGCUCUGCGGGUGCUGUGCGCCAGCGGCGGCUGCCUGGAGCAGGGCGAGCUGCAGCGGCGGCUGCCGGGCCGGCCCUCGGCCGAGCAGCUGGCGGCCGUGCUGCGGGACGCGCAGCGCUUCACGCUGGUGCGGCGGCCCGGCCCGGCGGCGGCGGCGGAGGCCGAGGUGGCCGUGGUGGUGGCCACCAGCCCCGUGCGGCUGUGCCCGGAGCACGGCGCGGGCUGCCCGGGGCACUGCGGGCGGCUGCACCUCUGCAAGUACCACCUGAAGGGCGUCUGCCGCAACCAGCAGCCCAGGAAGGGAUGCAGGUUUGUUCACAACUUCCACUCUGACCACAACCUCCAGGUUCUAAAGAAGUAUGGACUUGAGAAUUUAAACCAUGAUGAACUUUGCCAGCUUUUGCUUCAAAAUGACCCUUCCCUCUUGCCAGAGGUCUGCUUGCAUUAUAACAAAGGUGAUGGACUUCAUGGAUCUUGUUCCUUUAAAACAUCCUGCAGCAAACUCCAUGUUUGCCAGUACUUUUUGCGGGGUCAGUGCAGAUUUGGCAGCAGCUGCAAACGGUCCCAUGAUUUAUUAAAUCCAGAAUGUUUUGAGAAACUGGAGAGACAGGGAAUGAGUUCCGACAUUAUUAAGAAACUACCUUCCACUUAUAGAAACAUGUAUGACAUAAAAAAUGGCAACAGAAGCAUGUAUGACAUAGAAGAUGCCAAGCCUUCACCAUGCAAAGACAGAAAACCCAGCACUGGACAGGAUUCCUCAGCUACAAAGGAUGAUGAAUCAGAACAGAUAUGUUUACAUCAUCUGUACAGAAGUUGUGGCUUUAAAGAAAAGUGUAUCAGAACCCAUUUCCACUUGCCAUAUAGAUGGCAGUUCUUUAGGGGUAAUACCUGGAAGGACUUCACGAAUAUUGAAGAAAUAGAAGAAGCAUAUUGUGACCCAAAAAACGUCAGAUUUGCUUAUGCUUUUACUGAAGGAAUCCUUUUCCCAUUCUGUAUCUAUUUUCACGAUAUGUCCUGUGGGUUGCAAAAAGUCAGACGUCUUUCUACAGCCUCCUCUGUGACCAAACCCCCUCACUUCAUUCUUACAACAGAAUGGAUCUGGUACUGGAAAGAUGAAUAUGACAUAUGGCGGGAGUAUGGCAAACAAGAUGAUCUUCAUGCAGCUGCUACUAUCUCCAGUGAUGACCUGGAGAAAGUCUAUUUGGCUGGAAGUUCUCCAAAGCUGACCUUCAAAGCUGGAAAACAUGAAUAUGAAAUAAAUUUUGUGUCCAUGAUGCAGAAGAACCUUCGCUACAGAACUGAGAGGAAGAUUUGCAGAAGACCUAAAUUUGUCUCUCAGGCAGAGGUGGAAAAAACAAGAGACAGGGGCGUUAAACAUACAGAAGGGUUUAAGGGCAUUCCAGCUCACUGGGACAAAUCUGCCCUGCCUGAACUGGGAUUCAAGCUGAUUGAGCUUGACUGUUCUUCUGAAGAAUACAAGAAGGUCAAAGUGGACUUUCAGCGUACAAUGCCCAAAGCAGCUAUUAAAAGGAUUUGUAGAGUUCAGAACCCAUCCCUCUGGGAACUGUAUCAAUGGCAGAAGGACCUGAUGCAGAAGAGCAAUGGUGGAAAGGCUGCAGACGAGCGAUUUUUAUUUCAUGGAACCAGUAAAAAAGACAUUGAUGCCAUCUGUCAGCAGAACUUUGACUGGAGAAUCUGUGGCCUUCAUGGGACAGUCUACGGCAAAGGAAGCUAUUUUGCAAGGGAUGCAUCUUAUUCUGACAACUACUGUGGGACAGACUCCCACACCAAGACCAUGUUUCUGGCACGAGUGCUGGUGGGGGAGUUCACUCUUGGUAGUUCGGAUUACGUUCGGCCUCCCAUGAAGGACAGCCAGAACUUCUAUGACAGUUGUGUGAACAACUCUUCAAACCCUUCUAUCUUUGUCAUCUUUGAGAAGCAGCAGGUAUAUCCAGAGUAUCUCAUAGAAUACCAGGCAUCAGCAAGACUUCUAUAGCAACAAAACCUGUCAUCCUUAUGUUUCACUGGUUUAAAAAGUUUUUAGUGUCUCCAAACCAAGACAUUUAGUUUUGGCUUAAGAGAGAAUUGAUUUUGAAGAAGCUGCGUGAUCAGAUAGCUGAGUGUACAGAAACAUUUAUUCUCUGUCUUUUCUGUGCAAUAGAAAACAAGGCACAAAAAGACAUAGAGGAUGUUUUAGAACUCCUAAAAUCCUGUUUCUGUAUCCUAUUUUUAGCCGCCUUCACAUUAACCUACAUUAUGAGAGAUAUUCAUAAAUUUAUUAGAAGAAGUUGUUGAUGGUUGUAGCAUGAAGAUUGUCCAUGCCUGCCAAGUUUAAACAAUUUUUAGUUAUUGUUUCAGGAUGGAUUUUUACACGUGCUCAUUGGCCAGAGGCGUUAUCCCUCUACCUGUUUACCUUUUAACUCAAAACUGGAUAAAACAUAUUUUUUAGUAAUCUGUCUCCUGUAACAGUAGACAUUCAAGUGUUUGCAAAUGUGAUUGUACAAUCUCUGUGCUCAACUCAUUGCAUAAAUUCUUAUUAGCACUCUUCUUUUUUGUCCCUACUCAGUCUGCACCAACAAAACCUCAAAAAUUAAACUUGCUUGUUGAAAAAGAACAGGCUUAUUUUCACUUGUUGAGUUUCUCAUUUAAAACAAGUACCAAAGAAACAAGCAUAACAGGGGUUGCUUGGUGCUGUGUGACUCGGAUGAUUUACUUUAUCAAAGAAAUACUAUAUUUAAUGUCUGAAAACACAGGUUUUUCAUGACUUUCACUGUGCCUACAUAUGAAAGAGUGCUGGCAGGUGCUGUGGAGGAAGCAGAGGAGACAACUCACACUGUUAUUUAAUAACAUACUUAGGAGGGAAAUAUACUGCUUGUCCUGCUUGGUUGUCAGUACCUUGUUUCUGUAGAUGAACUUUAUGGUUCCCUUACAGCUGUUGGGAGAGAUGGUGAGUGACUGUCCCUCAUUAGGUGAUCUUUGUCUUUGGGUGCAGGAGAUUCACAGAUUUCCUGUGUAAUCAAGCUGUCAUUGGACUUCUUUCAGGAAAAAUGUGCUUACCUAGGAGGUGGUCUUCAGGCACAGAGCUGAAACCUUUAAAAUCUGAAGAUUAGGUUGAAUAUUUAAUUAUUCCCAUCAGAAGAAGAUAAUAGUCUUGAGCAGUCAGGUUACAUGUGUGCAAAAUCAAAAAACUUGAGUUAGCAUAUAUUUUUUUAAGAUUAAAGUUGCUGAUGCAUAGAUAGAUACUUUAUGAGAGGACUAAUGUGCUAAAGUAGUUAACUGUACUGUACUGCAAAAGCCUUAAGAAAUACUUUCUAUAUAACCUAGAAAAGCUCAUCUAUAGCUGCAUUCUGUAUACUUCUUGUUAAUUCAUCUGGAUGAUGAUUGACAGGUGUUCACUGGGUAACUCUUUAUUACUUCAGCACUGUGAGCCAGGAGCUUGGCCAUGAUUAACUGGAGUAAGGCUGUACUGACCCCUUUUUGUGUGAACUGCAAAUCUAGAAGCAUGAUACCUAAAAGAAAAUAACUCCUAUUUGUGUUUAAUCCCAGUGAAACACAGGAUGGGGAGAGGCAAAUCAACUGUAUUAUUUCUUUUGAAAUAUUUGUAAUAGGACAUGCCAGCAAAUGAGCUUGUCAGUACAUUCAUUGAGAUAGAGAACAGUUAUGGAGUAAAGUUUUCCUUCCUCUGUGCAGAGUAAGGUUUUUCCACCAAAACAAAAACCACGUUUGUCUACAUGUUAAUGGCAAAUGGGAAUACUGGUCAUAUACAUUUCUUCCUCUGAACAUAACCAGAAUUUUAGGUAAGAAUUAGCAUAGCUAAAGUCAUGUUAAUCUUCUGCCAGAAAAUUGAAGCAAACCUUCUUUUUCCGGCAAAAAGUUGAAAUAUUUUUAUUGACAGUUUUUAUUGUAUUUUUAAAACCUCUAACUUGAUUCUUGGAGAGGAUGUAUGUAUGCUUGUGUGUGUGUAUGGAUAUAAGUAAAACAGUGAAUAAAACACGUGGUUGUAGUACUUUGUCAUCUGUUAUUUUUCCAUUAUCACAGAAAAAGAAAAGUUGCCAUGUUUUCUACUUCUGAAACUGCAGGGGUAACUUUCAUGUGUAUAGUAAAUAAACAGGUACUCAAACCAGUAAA